AUGGCACUGACUCUCACCAUUGACGACUCUGAUGAUAAAUUGGAGAUUCUAGCAGAGUUCCAUGCUUCAUUCACCCAGCCAUCAGAAGCAGGUUUGUCCAAGGCUUCCUUCACAGUCAGCAACCUCAAAAUGAAAGCCUCUGAAGACCUCAAUAUAACCCCUGGGAGUGAAAUUAAAGAUUUUUUGGACAAGUACAUCAACAAUACAAUGGAUAUUGACCUACCAGACAAGAGUGAUCUGAUACAUGAAGUGAAGUUUGAGGAGCCUAAUGUGAAGCCCCCCUGCACCACAAGUUCGACACCAGUCAUGAUCACAAACAUCAAAACUGCUCUCACUAAGAAGGCAAAGGUGGAAUCAGUCAAGCUUUCAACAUCUCUUGGUAUUACGUCUGCCAAGCCCAAGGAACAGCAAUCAGUCAAUGUCGACACCCCACAUGACAAUUUGAAGCCUCAAGUGCAAUACCAAAAUACUGACCUCCCUGAACAAGUCCAAGCGGACCACCAUUGGGCUAAAAAAUUCCUUCCAAUGAUGAUGUUGUGGGCCAGCAGCCAGGAAUCCCUCUGGAGCAUCACAGAUGCAACUUUGCUGAUGCAUAUCCAAAUUAUAUUUCAGGCAGUCUACCUGGAGCUGAACCUCACCAUUGUUUAG